CGGGUUGACGAAGAUACCCGAGAUACGGCGGCCAUUAUACACUGACAGCGGAUUGGACCAGAUGGUCAUUUUGGUGACUGAUGGCGGUUUCUAUUGGAUCAUUGCUUUGCUGAAAACCAUCCUAUACUUUCUAUUGGACACUUCGUAGCAGAAAUCAAACAUCUAUAUGAGCUGACAGCUGAACGCGCCACAUACUAGAAGGGCUAUUGUAUAUUUAAUAACAACUCGUUGUUUGACAAAGAUCGUCACAGUGUUUAGUCCCCUGAAUUAUGGGUGACACUAGGGACAAUAAGUAACCAGGGGUUUACAGAUAGGAAAAGGUGAAUAUUUUUCCCCAUCAAAGAUUGGAACAAGAUUUUUGGAAGUUAGUCGCAGAUGGCAGCGGAAAUAAUGCAAUCUCUACCACUGUCUUAUGCGAUAACUGGAUUGUCACAGCAUAGCCAGGGCCUGGCUCCCGUGUUUCAGGGGAUACACGCAGAAGGACUGGGGAUGGGUCUGCCGGGACUCUACCACAGCCUGCACGUCGCCAAAGAAGCCACAUCCCACAGACGACCUCACAGUUCUGGGCAGACGUCGUUUGGAAUAGAUGACAUUUUAGGCAACUCUAGACCUAGCGUGAGUGGAGCUAACAAUGUUCCUGCGAAACCCACCCCACUCAGUCCCUUGGCGAUGCAUUCAGGGCCGGUGCAUACGUUCCCCUCGAGUCAGGGACAGACUAUGACCUCUCUAUCGCAUGCGUUUUCUCCGUCCGUGUACAAGCCAGUGGCGGUGUACGAUCCCACUAUGUUUCCAGGAGGAUAUGUUGGGGCGCACACUCUUCUUGGUGACGUUUACGGGGUUUCGGCGUACCAGCGGGCAGAGUUGUCCUUCUUGGAGGGUAGACAUCAUGCUUUCUCCAAAGUGUGUCCCAGGUCGUUUCUGUGGAACCCGUAUGUGUCGCGCCCGAUGCACAAGAGGAAAGGUGGGCAGGUGAGAUUCUCCAACGACCAGACACUGGAACUGGAGAAAAAGUUCGAAAGUCAGAAAUAUUUAUCUCCACCAGAACGAAAGAGAUUAGCCAAGUUACUGCAGCUAACAGAACGUCAGGUGAAAACGUGGUUUCAGAACAGAAGAGCAAAAUGGCGGCGACUAAAGCAGGAUUCGCCGACAUGUGAAGAAGGCAAGAAGGAAUCCCAAGACGCGGAACUGACGUCAUCACAUGACAUCUCGGCAAUAUCUGAUGAAACAGGAAGUCACGUGAGUGAUGACGACCUGAUAUCUGAUGACGAUAUUGACGUAGAAAACGAAGCUGAAGGCACGUGACCGAAUUCAUCGAAUCCAGUGUGUGUCCAUACGAUUCAAUAGCCGUUACGUUACGAACUUCAACCAAUACAUUAUUUACACGUGAUUAGCUUACGUCAGUAUGAGUCCCUCCAUUUUGUGUUUAGCUUUAAAAGACGAUUAAUCUGUGAACUAUGUCAGCAUCGACUCUACUGUGACGUCGACCAUCCCUUUACAUUUUUGUGCUAUAUUAAAUCCUUGAUGGUCGUCGUUACAAUAGUAACAGGAGCGGAUACAAUAUUUGUUCUAGGAAAGGUGUGCAACAUUAAAUAAUGGGACUUACAGCGUAACAAAGUACACUAACAUACGUUGUGUAUCCUCUUCCCCAUUCAUUGAUCAUAUACAUUCGUUAACACAAGAUUUUCGGGACAUAUUGGUGUUCAAGGGAAUGAAUUCGCACAACAGCAUUCUGUUGGUUCUGCGCCUGAAGGAGAUUCCAGAUGACAAAUUACACGAAGUUUACUGAUCUCCUGAAGUAUUACCCGCAGUUCCUGAUAGCCGUGUUCUUGUUACAGAACUAUGACAACGUGUCGUGGUCGUAUCAACCCGAUUAGUUUACACAGAAGUAUGUAUCAGUUUAUGAUGAACUACAAACCAAAGAAAAUCCAUGACAUUUUAAAAUGACAUGUGAUAACACAAAACUUUAAGAAACUAUACUGUUGGUGUGUGUUUACCCACCUAUGGACUAAAACACUGAUACUCUACUGAUCAAUUUAAAAGUAUCCAUUGUGUUUACUUUACCUGUCAGUAGCGACACGCGUUAACUACAACAACAUGUUCUUGUAUAAAUAUUGAUAUGUAUAGCUGUGUGAUGAAUAAUAAAUCAAUAAUAUUGA